UCUUAAAGACCCCUUAUGGUUGCAGAAGGAAAAUAGCUACGAAAAUAACUUCUGCAUUUUGCAACAAAGAGAAACUCAUUUGAGCUACUCAGUAGGCUACCCACCGUGAGAUAUAGCCACGGGCUGCAUCGUGAUAAAUUGUGAAGUGACUUCUCCGGGCACUAUAUUUUGUCUUAAGUUGGUUGUUUUUAACUUUUAUUACUUGAUUUUGUUGUACGUACAUAUUAUUUUACCAUGUUUAACUUGUUGUAAUAAAAAUACAACUGCCCGUAGGCAUAAUAUUCGUCAUUAUCCUGUUAAUCUUUUAAAAUGUGUAUUUGGGUAGACAGAAAGAAGUCCGUAUACCAGACGCAAUGCUUCAAACUUCUUAGACUAUACAGUUAAAAAGGAACUCUUUUCCUUCAAAUAGUGAGAUCAUACGUUAACCACCUUUGACAAAAAGUGAUGUGACAAUCCUCCUUGCCACUUAGGCACUCCGUAUGUGAAUCUCAAACAUGAUCUCAACAGAGAAAACGACGUUGUACGCCGGCGUGUUGCCUAACUCUGAAAUGAUCCCGACUCAUGACUCCACAGAGUGCCGGACCUACAAGAAGCGAUGGUUCGUUCUUGCCCUGUUCGUGCUCUACUCGAUGUCCAAUUCCAUGCAGUGGAUCGAGUACUCCAUCAUCGCCAACGUGGUGCAGAAGUACUACCAGGUGCCCAACAGCUACAUCGACUGGACCUCCAUGAUAUAUAUGGUCACCUACAUCCCCUUCAUCUUCCCCGCCUCUUGGCUCAUCGACAAACUGGGUCUCCGAGUGGCCGUCAUCCUGGGUGCUUUUGGAACUUGUGGUGGAGCUUGGAUCAAAGUGCUAUCCGUGGGCCAAGACCGAUUCUACGUCACAUUUCUCGGUCAAUCGGUGGUCGCCCUAUCGCAAAUCUUUGUGCUCAGUGUGCCAGCCCCCUUAGCUGCAACCUGGUUCGGCCCCAAUGAAGUUUCUUCGGCAUGCUCUAUCGGUGUAUUCGGCAACCAGCUUGGAAUAGCAAUAGGUUUUCUGAUUCCGCCCAUACUGGUCAAGAAUAGCGAAGUGAUGGAGAGUAUUGGAGCUGGCCUCUCGACUCUCUUCUACUCAGUUGCUAUACUCACCUCAGUCUUGCUGGUUCUAAUAUUAAUCUUUUUCCAGGGUAAGCCACCUCUGCCCCCCAGUCCGGCACAAGCUGUUCCGGCACAAGCUGUGCAACGCAACGCCGAGUCUGUGCCAUUCGCCACCUCUAUCAAACACCUGGCUACCAACCCGGCCUAUGUAUUGCUCUUGGUAUCGUACGGUAUCAAUGUUGGUGUAUUCUACGCAAUAUCCACUUUGCUGAACCAGAUCUUUGUGGCCCACUUCCCAGGUAAAGAGGAGGAUGCCGGCAGGAUAGGCCUCAUGAUCGUGGUGGCAGGAAUGUUGGGUUCUGUCUGCUGUGGAAUUGUCCUUGACAAAACGCACAAAUUCAAGGAAACAACGUUAGGCGUGUACUUCUUCUCUUUGGUUGGCAUGGUUGUGUACACCUUCACGUUGGGCUCUGGUUUCAUAGCUGUGGUCUACAUCACUGCUUCACUCUUAGGGUUCUUCAUGACGGGGUAUCUGCCAGUGGGGUUUGAGCUGGCAGCAGAGCUUACCUACCCCGAGCCCGAAGGUACGUCGGCCGGUCUGCUCAAUGCAGGGGCUCAGGUAUUUGGCAUCUUCUUCACAAUGUUCUCCUCAUAUGUGCUGAACACGUACGGUGACCUCUGGGCUAACAUCAUGCUGUGCUGCGCUCUUGUGGUGGGCACAGGACUCACUGCUCUCAUCCGAUCGGACCUUAGGCGGCAAGCAGCUCACGCCAAGGCACCCCCACUGCCUGGUCCUUGAGAGUUAUAAUUCGUGUAUGUUUUUGUUCUCGACUGUCCAUUUAAUGUGCUGAUGUGGUCUCCUUAAAGCAUAUUCUGUACGGAUUUCUUAAAGAUAUAGUGGUGUUAGCCACUAGGACUCUUCCAUAGUGGUGUUAAUUUUUAGAAAAAGUUUUAGUGUUCGUAAUUUUCAUUUGACAACGAUUUUAUUUAUAAACUCCAAUUUUCUUGACAGAACAGUAAUUAGAAAUAAGAAAGUUCAAGGCAAUAAGUUGAACGUGUAUUUAAAUAUUAAAAUAUUAUUACUCCACUAAAGAAUUAAAAUCAACUUAAAUGUUCACUUGAACCUGACACCGCUAAUUUUGGCAAUUCAACUGCUAGCAGCAAACAAGAAUUUUCUUCUAUUAACAAGUAAGGUGAGUACAGUUGUAUACCUGCCACAAUCUUCGGUUUUCAACCAAUUAGAGUAAACCGUGAUUCCUCAAAAUAUAAUUGGAGUUUAGUAAACUAUAAGAUAAUGAAAUCUAAAACGGAUAUUUAUUUCUGUCAACAUUAUGAUACAAGUGCUGUUAUGAAAUAUAAUUCCAAUCAUACAUCAGACAAAAUUAUGUAUAGUUGAUUUUGCACAUUUUAAUAGUUAAUAACUAUGGACCUUAUAAACAUAAAAUACAGUGCGGCCAAUCUGAGGCAGUGGAGUUGCUCACCGUAACAGUAGUGCCAAGUGUUGUAGAAAAUCUUCAAAAUCAUCUUGAAUUUUCUCAUUUGUAUACACUAACAAGUUGAUAAAGCAGCUUAGCCCUGUUUUGAUUCUACAUGAUGGCAGCACACAGAAGACUCUAAAUUUUAAUAACAAUUGAAAUUUACAGUCAGAAUGCUUCUAACAAAUUGACAUUCUGAAAAACUCAAGGGUUUGUAUAACUGAAACUGUACAGAAAUAAAAAAUAAUUCUAAAGGAGACCAUAAUCAUUAAUUUAUUAUGUUAUGUCGUACCAGAUAGUCAAAUUAUUUCAAUAUAAAUAGCUACUCUUAAUGUAUAUUAAUCUUGCCUAUGCACUACCAUCCGAAUUUGUUCAAAAUGGAUGAGUAUGUGCGUAGUUUAAUGUGUUUUUUUUUUUUUUAGUCUUUACCCCUCUGUUAUAGUUUGCAAUGUCUUGGGUUUACAGUGCCAUUCCAUAUCAAUUAUUGUGACAAUAAUUAAGUAAGAGUAGUCAAGUAAGUUUACUUUUUAGAAUUACCCAUGUAAGUAAUGUCUCCGGUCUAAAUAGAUAGCAUUGUCCACAAUAUUUGUGUAAACAAAUUAAUACUACUUUUUUAUGCAACUGUAUGAGUAUUAAUUUUGUUGUAGAAAAAUUCUAUGUCAACUUCUAACAAUGAUUUGUACAAAAUAAAAAUGUGCUUUCUUAAA